AUGGUCGAUAGUGGUGUCCCCCAGGGUUCAGUACUGGGACCCAUUUUGUACCUUAUCUACGUGGACGAUGCCGCAAGAGAUUUAGACUGUGAAGUAGCAAUGUUUGCGGAUGACAUGAAGAUAUGGAGUGUAAUUCGGGGUCCUGCCGAUGAAGACAGACUGCAGAUGAACCUGAAUCGGUUGGAGGAGUGGUCAAACCGUUGGCUCCUGCGGUUCAACGUUGCCAAAUGAAGCAUACUUCGCCUAGGCCGCACAGCCAGGUCCGCCAGCACAAGAGGCUACUUUCUGGGCGGUGCAGCCCUACAAGAGGUCGAAGCCCAAAGGGAGCUCGGUGUGCUUACGACGAGUUCCCUAAAACCAUCCGUCCACUGUUCGAGGGUGGCAAAAACCGCAAUGUCCGUACUAUACGCCAUCAAGCGUGCGUUUAUGGACUUUGACGAAGAAGCUUUCUCUAAGACAUUCGGAACAUUCGUCCGGCCGCAUUUAGAGUACGGCAUACAAGCUUGGAGGCCGUGGGCUGUUGGGGAUCAAAACUGCCUCGAAAGAGUCCAGAGGAGAGCCACGAAGAUGGUUAGGGGUCAAAGCUCCUUUCCUUAUGCAACCCGCCUAGUAAAUCUGAACCUCUUUCCUUUGAGUUACAGGCAACUUCGCGGAGAUCUCUUGCAAGCCUUCCGCAUUGUAAAGGGUUUGGAUUGCAGUCUGACCUUCGAGGACUUUUUUGAAUUUGCUACCACGACCAACCUCCGAGGUCACCCGUUAAAACUGCGCAUUCAGAAGGCACGGCUGGAUGUGCGGAAGUUCUCCUUCUCGGUUCGGGUGGUCAAACCGUGGAAUGAGCUUCCCGCAGAUGUUGUGAUGUCACCAUCUAUACAAAGUUUUAAGAAGAAUCUGGACAUAUUUAUGUUGCGAAAUGACCAAGAGCGAUGAGAAGUCGAGCUCACCCCCUGUAACUCCUUCUCAUUUUGUCCCACCAUUAUGGGCGUGUUCGAAUUAUUUCAGCCCAGAUCAUCUAUCCGUACACCACACAUUUUUUACGUGCAAAUAGGGUACUCAAAGGCUUACGCCUAUUUCCCUCAAUAAACUGAACUGAACUGAACUAAUCUUUGGUUAGUUAGCUGAUGGAAAUGUAGAAGGAGAAGAUAGGAUAGCUCUACUUGUCCGGCACUUAUAAAUAAUGCUAUCUUUCUUAAAUUUAAUUGGUUAUUUGGGGUUAUGCUCCAGUGUUUUUAUAGUGACUGGCUACAUCAGAGCCCUUUCGGACCAAUUUCUAUAUGAAAUAAUUUAUUUGAAAAAUGUGACCUCUUAUCCAAAAAUAAAUGUGUACUGUUAUGCAAAUGACUUUUCGUAGUUUUUAUUGUAAAUCCGAUUAGGUUUUGACUUCUGCGAAUAGAACUUGCGAGAGAUUUCCAGGUAAUUGCAUAUCCUAGGCAGCAGAAAUUUGAUCGUUGGGACUUUUUGAAAUCGGGAAUCCUUAUAAUAUCUUCACCAUUUCUAGUGUUCCGGGGACGAUUUGGAUCGUUAGCACAGUAACAAAAUGAAUCUAUAGAUUCACUUUGAGAAUAUCAUAGUCAUAUGUGACCUCGGAUAGAACGUUUAGACCACUUUGGAGUCUUCUGGUCCAGAGGGGUCGAAGACCAUUUAUGCUAUAUUUUUAACUAUGAACCCUGUGCGCCAUCACAUUUGGACGAAGACCUAGUAAGGCGUCUUUGAUUGCCUUCUAGUUUUUUUUCGGCCAUCUGAGGACAUUAUGCCAAGGAAAACUGAGCAGCAAUCUAGGAGAGGUUAAACGUACAUUUUGAAAAGUCGUAUUUUUAGUGCAGUCAAUAUCAAAUUUUUACAUAUGAAUCCGCCCAGACGAGUGGCUUUUGGCGAUAUUUUUUGAGAGUGGUGAGGUAAGUCAAGGGUAUUUGUAUAGCACAGACCUAAGUCUUUUGUUAAUUUGGCUUCCAUUGAUUCAUUAUCCUUGAGAAUAACGGGGGAAGUUUUUGUGGGCCAAACAUCAGGAGAUGGCAUUUUACAGUAAGAAUGACAUUUUGUCAUUGGCCAUCCAUUCGCUUAGGUUUGUUAGAUCGGUUUCCAUAGUUCUGUAAAUGUUGGCUACUGUAUGCCCGUUAUAUGCAUAUGCGAGUUUUAGAUCGCCCGCAUAUGAAAACGUUUUAGCCGAAACUAAUGUGGACGAUAAGUCGCGAAUAAACAUGAGAAAUAGAAGGGGACCUAGGAUGGUGCCUUGAAGUACUCCACUGGUAAUAUGGAAUGGCUCUAAGACCACGGUUUGAAUCUGUACCACUUGGUAGCAGUUUUGAAGGUAAGAUUUGAAAUCAUCGAGGAGGGGUGGACUGAUUCCAUGACCUUUCAGCUUUACUGGUAGUAUUUUGUGGCCUUUUUAGGUUGAAGUACAUUGUGGCUACGGUGUUUCCAUCAUUCCUAUUGCCGGAGACGAGUUCUAGAAAGGUGAGAUGGCAGGACCGACAUGAAUUUUUAGGUAUAAAUGCAUGUUUAUAGUGGUGAAUGAUUUAGCAAUUGGUUGUAAACAAUCUUCUCGAGGAUUUUAGCUAUUGCCGUGUUCGGUGAACACCACGAUAGCGUUGGCUAUGAUAUCGGUUACCGCUUUUUAAUAUGGGUGCAAUGUUCGAGUAUUGCCAAACGUCUAAAAAAAGUGCACUUGGCUGGAGAAGGGCAAAGAGCUUAGAUAGAAGUAUUGCAGCAUAUGUCAUAUGCUUCAGAAUACAUGGCGGGAUUUCGUCCUUCCUGUUGGAAUUGGCCUUGGAUAGUUCCUUGAUAGCUACUUUUACGGUUUUUUUUCUUAAAAGCUGGUCUCACUUAGAGUGCGUUCUGUCAUCUCUGUCGGUUGAGGUGUCGCUCUUUCCUAGUCCGUACAGUAGGCUGAGAAAUAUUUGUCGAAUAUAUUGGCUACCUCUUUGUCGUUUUUACCACUUCCCCUGACUAAUUUAUAAUAGUUCGGGGUCCAGAGUUUCGGUGCUUAUUCAUUUAUUUCUAAAGAGUUAGAGCUUGCUCUAUCGGGGGAUUCAUGUGUCCUAUGUUCUGCUGCUAUGAUCCUUGGUGUUUCAACUUUGGUAACUGGAUCUUGAAUUUCUCCAAGCUCAUAGAGUGUGGAUAAGUAACUUACAGAGGGCUUGUUUAGCUCUUUUUAUGUUUUUUUUUGGAAAGGAAGUUUGGGAUUAGUGGUUUAUAAUACGUGUAUCUUUUGUCAAUCAAGGUAUCUAGGGUUAUGAAUAGGACAGAGUAUAAGAAUUUGCCUGCUUCCACAGGGCAUGUUAGAAGAUAUGGACUCCAGUCUAACGGCCUAAUAUAAUUGUUCAUGCAAUCCUUGCCAAGUUUUUAGGGUUUAUGCCAGUUUCACUAAAAUCGGGUGCAUGUCUUCUGUUGUGGGAGGGAAUUAACAUUAUUGCUUUGUGAUCACUUUCAGAGGUUACGCAGUCGUAGUGCGUAUUGAGGGGUCAGAUAUCGUUGGUGAAAAUGACGUCUAUUAUGUUGUUUCCUCGAGUGGGUUUGCCAACUAUUAGUGUCCUAUCAUGAAAGAUAAUUGAACAUAACAAUUCAUCGUAACUAGUGGGUGAUAAUAAUUCGACCCAGUUUGUUUCUGGGCGGUUCAGGUCACUCGCAAUUAUUUUAUAUUCAGUCUUAAUGCUGGAUAUAUUGUCUAUUAGAUGGUUGAGGCCUAUGUCAUCAUUACUAUUAUUCUGGAGGGGAGUAGAUGUAUUCAAUUGGUAUGCUUUCGUGGGUCUGAGAUUGUAUUGUAGCAAAACAUGCUUCACCAGAGAAGAUUCCGGUUGCAACAUCAAGACCACUUUGUUCAGUGCGAUGUGCGCACUGCUAAUUCAACCGAGGUCGUAAAAUGGAACCAGAUAAUGAGAAAAGGGACACCGGUGUGUGGAGAAGGUUCGUAAUAUAACCGUCACCGUACUGCAUCAGGACAGAAAAUAAAGCCAUAGAUAUACGAAAUAAACACAGGAGAUACAUCUGAAAGUUUAAAUAAGAGGAUAUUUGAAGGGGUAUCUGCGAAAUUCGCAGGCUUGGUCGCCACCACGCGGUCAAGUCGCACAUCUGUCCGCAAUUCGCUCGCUGUCGAUUCGCCAAUGGGACAGCGCUAGGCUUAUCACUAGCCUCCCGAUGGCACAAAGCAAAUGAAACCUACACAGUAGCUGAUUGACCACAGGCGGUCACAACUCAGAAAGAGUAAAGGCGCGCACGCGCGAAACAUUGGUUCUCUCUAUGACAAGGAUGGCUCCGAACUGCCACUCCUGGAUCUGCCUCUAAGUGCUGGCUACGGCGCGAUCAUCCACAACGUCACCACUGCCUCCCAUCGUCCCUUUGUACUGCCGCGCCUUCGUUGCCAUGUGUUUCCUUCCCUCCACAAUCCCUCCCCACUGGGAAUCGAAUAACGGACAAACUGGUUUCCGAUCGAUUGGUCUCGUCUAGGAUGCAGAAGGAGCUCAGAGCUUAGACACGGACUAUCUUGACUGUCAGUAGAGCAAGGUCCAACGGCACAAGGCUUCCACGGACACCUUCUCUGGCCCCUAUGCAAGGUCCAGUCACAUCCGCCUGCAUAUUGCAUGCCCUGUGGCUCUGUCCAACGGCUUUUCCUAUCUCCUCACCUGUGUGGAUCGAUUAAUCCGGUGGCCAGAAGGUACCCUUCUGCCCGAUGUCGAGACUCCAACGAUGGUCGAAGCCUUCCGCAGUCGUUAGAUUGCGAACUUCAGCGCUUCUUCUACAUCACGACUGACCGUGGUGCCCAAUUUUAACCUCACCCCUCAUUCCCUUUUUAGGCUGUACACGCAUCCGCACGAAAGCUUAUUGUCUGGUUGCCAACGGUUUAA